ACAUCGUGUGUUGUUUAAAGAACAGGGAAGACCUUUGGCAAGCAUAACUAACAAGGAUAAAAAUAUCAACUCUUGAGGCAUCUUGUAAUAUGUUAUUGGAGCACCACUAGAGCUCACUAUUUUUUUUGCCCCACUUCAAAUUGGUCGUCUGUCCGAGAUCAUUCCAAUCACCCAGGCCCCCCACCCCGUACACACUCUCGGAUCCUGGGGUGUGGAGACAGGGGCCGGGGAAGAGAGCGUGGAGAAAGAAAUACAAAAAUUACGCUAUUUCGUAUCUAAGGCUGCACUACACGGAAGGGGUGUCGAGGAAAUCAUUGUGCGAAUGAGUGAGUGAUGCAAACCUCGUUACUCCAGGGCAGAAUGGGUAUGUGUCCCCUGCUCCUGCUAUUCAGUGUGGGCCUAGUGGCCCUCACCUUAGCCCAGGAACCCCAAGGAACCCCUCUAGGUCCUGUCCUGACUGCCAAGCCCACAGACCCUCCUGUUACACAACGCAACAUAAUCAAUGGCACACAGAUAGUUCCCACCGCAGCACCAAGAACAGUGCCACCUGUCGUUGCCACAACAACAGUAACUAAGGGAACAGAGAAGGACCCAGCAGUAGCUCCCACGGCUUCACCCGCACCUGCUCCGGACCCUAUCCCUGCCCCUACAGCACAACCCCCAGCCCCGCCCACAGCUGCAACACCCCCUCCGCCCCCGUCACCCACCACGAAGGACGGAGAUGGGAAAGACGGGAAUAGCACCAUCCCAACUAUUCCUCCACCUGUACCCUCGCCAGCUCCCAGUGAAGUUCCCUCACCAAAACCAACUGUCACAACAGAGUCUCCCAAGAUAUACACAUCACCUCAAUCCAGCAGGGCUCCAGCGGGGGACGGAAAUGGAGAUAGCGAAGAUCCAAAUGAGACACCAAUCAUUGCAGUGAUGGUGGCCCUGUCUUCCCUGCUGGUCAUCGUCUUCAUUGUCAUCGUCCUCUACAUGCUCAGGUUUAAGAAAUACAAGCAGGCAGGCAGCCACUCGAACUCUUUCAGACUGAUCAAUGGCAGAGCGGACGACACAGAACAUCAGAGUGUGCCACUAUUGGCUCGCUCUCCCAGCACAAACAGGAAGUACCCGCCCCUUCCUGUGGACAAGCUAGAGGAGGAAAUGAACCGUCGCAUGGCUGACGACAAUAAGCUCUUCCGGGAGGAAUUCAAUGCCUUGCCAGUGUGUCCUAUCCAGGCGUCAUGUGAUGCGGCCUCUAAGGAGGAGAACAAGGAGAAGAACAGAUAUGUCAACAUCCUGCCUUAUGAUCAUUCCAGAGUGCACCUCAGUCCACUGGAAGGAGUCCCAGACUCUGACUUCAUCAAUGCGUCCUACAUUAAUGGCUAUCAGGAGAAGAACAAGUUCAUUGCUGCCCAAGGACCCAAGGAGGAGACAGUGAAUGAUUUCUGGAGAAUGAUUUGGGAGCAGAACACAGCCACCAUUGUCAUGGUUACCAAUUUGAAAGAGAGAAAAGAGUGUAAGUGUGCUCAGUACUGGCCGGACCAGGGCUGCUGGACAUAUGGCAAUAUCCGCGUCUCGGUGGAGGACGUUACCGUGCUGGUGGACUACACCAUCCGCAAGUUCUGCAUUCAGCAGGUAGGCGAUCCACCGGGGAAGAAACCACAGAGGCUGGUCACUCAGUUUCACUUUACCAGUUGGCCUGACUUUGGCGUCCCCUUCACACCUAUUGGCAUGCUCAAAUUCCUCAAGAAAGUCAAAACCUGCAACCCUCAAUACGCUGGGCCUAUUGUAGUGCACUGCAGUGCGGGUGUAGGGAGAACAGGCACGUUCAUAGUGAUAGAUGCCAUGUUGGAUAUGAUGGCAGCUGAGAGGAAAGUGGACGUCUUUGGCUUUGUGACACGGAUCCGAGCCCAGCGCUGUCAGAUGGUCCAGACCGAUAUGCAGUAUGUCUUUAUAUUCCAGGCCUUGCUGGAGCAUUACUUGUACGGAGACACAGAGUUGGAGGUCACGUCUCUGGAGUCCCACUUGACUAAACUCUAUGCUUCGGUACCCGGAGCUGGCUGCAGUGGCCUGGAAGCUGAGUUCAAGAAACUCACCUCUAUAAAGAUCCAGAAUGACAAGAUGAGAACAGGAAACCUUCCUGCCAAUAUGAAAAAGAAUCGAGUGCUGCAGAUAAUUCCAUACGAGUUUAAUAGAGUGAUCAUCCCCGUGAAGAGGGGUGAGGAGAACACAGACUACGUUAAUGCCUCCUUCAUCGACGGCUACAGGCAGAAAGACUCGUACAUGGCUAGCCAGGGUCCGCUGCAGCAUACCAUCGAGGAUUUCUGGAGAAUGAUCUGGGAAUGGAGGAGCUGCUCCAUAGUCAUGCUCACCGAACUGGAGGAGAGAGGCCAGGAGAAGUGUGCACAGUAUUGGCCCAGUGAUGGAGUGAUGGUGUGUGGAGACAUGUCCAUUGAGUUGAAGAGAGAAGAGGAGAGCGAGAGCUAUACUGUCAGAGACCUUCUAGUCACCAACAACAGAGAGAACAAGGCCCGUGCAGUGAGGCAGUUUCACUUCCACGGCUGGCCAGAGGUGGGCAUCCCCACCGACGGGAAAGGCAUGAUCAACAUCAUCGCCGCCGUGCAGAAGCAACAGCAGCAGUCUGGAAACCACCCAAUCACCGUGCACUGCAGCGCCGGGGCGGGGCGGACCGGAACAUUCUGUGCUUUAAGCACGGUUCUGGAAAGGGUGAAGGCAGAGGGCAUUCUGGACGUGUUUCAGACGGUCAAGAGCCUGCGACUACAGAGGCCUCACAUGGUGCAGACACUGGAGCAGUACGAGUUCUGCUACAAAGUGGUCCAGGAGUAUAUCGAUGCCUUUUCCGACUACGCCAACUUCAAGUAGGGAUCUGAGUGAACGGACAUACACGGAGCUACGCGCACUCACACUCACACACACACACACACACACACACACAAGCACGCACGCACACGCGCGCGCACGUUCUCAUACACAAACACGGAAAAGCUCGGCACAGCCCGAGGGGAAAACGAAACGCCUGAACCGGGGGAAAAGGGAACGGAAAAGUUGGAAUCAACAAGGACAAACGAGGAAGAUGUGCCGGAGUUUGGAGAGAAAAAAAAAAAAAAAUCAGAGAUGCCUUCUUGAAUAUUUUGUAAUAUUGUUCUUGUUAAUAUGGCCCUCUCACAGUUUUCCCCAAUGUAAAUAAGCAUACCCAUUCACAUGUUAUUUUUAGAGGCAGUUAGGCAGCAGGUUAUAUAUUAGUUGAAAAAAAAAAGCUGGAGCAGAGGGGA